UUUAGCGCCGAGUUGGGGGAGCGUCAGGGCGCACACACUGGACUAGUUGUGUCGAUCACUCCCGCAGAGGCGAUGCCCUUUUGUGGAGAGGUCUCUUGUCACACAGAGGACAGACGGCAUUCACAGUCGGGACACAGGGACACAAAGAGAAGAACUGCAUUUUAAAAGGCUCCAUUCUUUUCCCCCGCAACCGCUGGGUGUUGACUGUGGGUGUUUUGAGAGGAUCUUUGUUGCCCGGAGAAAAGUAAGAGAGGAAGAAUACGCGCCGUGAACGGGCUGGGGGGGGAUUUUAUGGACAGGGUUACUACAGUACAGUUCAGGCGAUGCUGUCAGCCACUCCACCUAUGUUUGCGUCUGCCGGAGUCACGUUUUGGACGAGGAGCUGAACUUUUACGCGUUGUUUUACGCACUGAGUGCACGAGACGCUGGCGUAAUGAAGUUUCUCUCCGCGGUACCUGCUUGGUGAGCGGUUUGAGUCGGAUCAUUAACUUCUUAAGAAGAAGUCAUUUUGUGGAUAUCUGCCGAAAGGAUGCCGGUUGAUAAAUUCGCAAACAUGGAGGAAAAACUGUGGAUAUUGGAGGACCUCAAUAUGAUGUACAUCCGUCAGAUUGCACUCAGUUUACAGGACAGCGAUAUCCAGAAGAAGAUCGACCAUGAGAUCCGGAUGCGUGACGGAGCCUGCAAGCUGCUGGCCGCCUGCUCCCAGAAAGACCAGGCGCUGGAGGCGGCAAAGAGCCUGCAGACCUGCAGCACUCGUAUCAUGGCCUACAUGUCGGAGCUGCAGAGGAUGAAGGAGGCUCAGGUCAUGCAGAAAGUAACGCGGAGGUCUUCGGAUGCAGGGCCAAUGGACAACAGACUCCCGUGCAAAGGAAAAGUGGCCAUCUCAGAUCUUCGGAUCCCUCUCAUGUGGAAAGACACCGAGUACUUCAAGAACAAAGGAGAGCUUCAUCGUUGUGCCGUGUUCUGCCUGCUGCAGCUGGGAGGAGAGAUCUUCGACACAGACAUGGUGAUAGUGGACAGGACACUUACCGACAUCUGCUUUGACAACACCAUUGUAUUUAAUGAAGCCAGCCCGGGCUUUGAGCUGCGUGUUGAGCUGUAUAGCUGCUGCUCAGAGGACGACUACUCUGCAGGGAGCACGCCGAGGAAACUAGCCAGCAAACUGAGCUCGUCGCUGGGGCGAUCAGCUGGGAAGAAGUUCCGGGCAGCAAUGGAACCUGGGCCAUGUAGUCCCGUUAGCAACGGAGGCGCAGCUCCUCUUUUGUUGCCAGUUCCCUCUGUACCGGGCCCUAAGUACCACCUCUUAGCUCAUACCACCCUGUCGCUGUCACACGUCCAGGACAGCUUUCGCACACAUGACCUCACCAUCUCAGGCAACGAAGAGUGCUCGUAUUGGCUGCCGCUCUAUGGCAGUAUGUGUAGCCGCCUUGCAGCUCAGCCUCACUGUAUGACCCAGCAGAUGAUGAGUGGAUGUUUGAGAGUGAAGCAGGUGGGCGGUGACCCUCAGAGUUGGACAAAAGUGUACGGCGCUCUAAAAGGAACGAGCCUUUUCUGUUACCACCGGCAAGAAGACGUGGAGGCCAAUGUUGAGCCGGCUUUCACUAUUGCCAUCAACAAGGAGACCAGAAUACGUGCGUCAGAGAAAGACCCCCAAAGUAAAGUUCAGAAUAUCUGUAUCAGUAACCAGUACGGAGGAGAGGAGGUCACACACACCCUGACAACAGACAGCCGGGACGACACACACCGGUGGAUGGAGGCCUUUUGGCAACAUUUCUAUGACAUGAGCCAAUGGAAACAGUGCUGUGAUGACUUAAUGAAAAUUGAAUUGCCAUCGCCAAGGAAACCGGCCCCUGCCACACCAAAACAGGGCUCGCUCUAUCACGAAAUGGUUAUUGAGUCGUCUGACGACCUGAGCAGCACCGUGUCGGACAUCCUGGCUCGGAGGAUGCAGGAGCUGGAGCUCCGCAGCCAGCUGGGCACCUCUCCCACCUGGAUGUCUGUGUUUGAGGAGAACAACCCCAUAAGCGCUGGCCGCCCCCGUCCCUGUACCUCUCGCCUCUCUGGCCACAGCCCCUGCACCCCUCAUCGCCUGCCCCGGAGCCCCGUGAGCCCCCACCGCUGCCCCCAGCUGAGCCUGCUGUCCUCCGAUGCGAGCCUGACCUCGGACAGCGACAGCCACUGCAGCACCAGCCCCUGCUCUCACCGCCACGGCUGGCCCGAGCCCUCUUCAAACUUCUCUCUCUUGUCGUCUUCCCCGUCCCGCCUGAGGCCACGCACCCUGUCGCUGGAUGCUAAGCUCAGCACCCUUCGAGGGAGGGGGUACGGAGGAGGAGGGACCCUCCAGUGCCCCUGCCAGCCUCCCGCCUCUUCGCUGCUCGCCCCGCUCCCCGUCUCCUCCCGUUCGCCCCGGUCACAGCGCGGCGCACAGACCACGCUCUCCUGCUCCAGCUCCACCUCCAGCAACAGCUCCGGCACCAGCGAGGGCAGCCACAGCCCCGAGUCGUCUGAGGGAGCCCCCUUCUCGAGGCCCUCCCCGGCUCGACGCAGCCUCAGGAACCUCAGGGCCAGGCUCGAUCCUCGAAACUGGCUCCAGAGUCAGGUGUGAACUCGCCCCCGCCUGACGGACAUUUAACGCUGGCCUAAAGGCAACAGUGCUCAUUACACACGUGUGAACCGACCUCAGGCAGUCUGCUAGGCCACAUGCACAGACCCUGAGGAGGUUAAGCUGCCUCUAGCCUGCCUCCUGCUGGAGGAUGAAUCAUGAAAGACCCUCCUGGGGCAAACUGGAACGUCUUCUAACACAAAGGGACAGGGUGACAUUCAGUGCAUUUUGCUGGUUCGCCACAAUUUUUGAAGAUGGUCCAAAACUAAACGGGAGGUACUCUUGUUUGCUUUGAGAAAUGACUGUGGUCACGCUGCUUGGGAGACAGUGAUGCUAAGAGCUAAGGACUUGCUCCAGUUAACACGCCACACUGGGCCUACUGUCCGUCCUUGGAAUCUUAAUUAGAACUAGAACGUUAUAUUUGUUUUGUCCUCUGCAUCAGCCAUCCCGGCCACUCAAACAAUGUUUCAAAAUCAUCUCCAUUAAUGCACUAGCAGUGUUUUUGACUGGAUGCUUCCUAUCUGUAUUUGCGGUUUGCGGUGUUAAUGCAAUGAAAGCCAGCGAGCAUGUGGCAAGAUGAACAUAAGGUAUAGUCAGUCAAGAGUUUUCAAAUGUUAGAAACUGUUAAGUGUGGAGGGGUAUCGGUGUCUGUUGUCUGUACUGUGAUAUCUACUUCAGUGUACGCGUCUAAUUAUUCAUACAAGAGAUGCUCUUUGUGGUUCUCCUAAAAUUACUAUGCAUCAUUUUUUUUUUUUUUUUUU